AUGAGGCGUUCGUUAUUCCUUCGAAUCCACGACGUAGUCGUCGAACAUGACAAGUACUUCGUCCAAAAGAGGAAUGGUGCUGGACAGUUAGGACUAUCUAGUCUUCAAAAGAUUACUGCAGCUAUGCGGAUGCUCGCAUAUGGAGCAUCCGCUGACUCCGUUGACGACUACGUUCGGAUCGGUAAACGUAAGUCGCUUGAGAGCAUGAAGAGGUUCGUUCGAUCGAUUAUCAACAUCUUUGGAGAGGAAUACCUUCAUGCACCGACUAAUGAAGACGUUGCACGCCUGCUUGAGGAAGGCUCACAACGAAGUUUUCCUGGUAUGCUUGGGAGCAUCGACUGCAUGCACUGGACAUGGAAGAACUGUCCAACUGCCUGGCAAGGUAUGUAUACUGGACAUUUUCAUGAACCCACAAUUAUUUUGGAGGCCGUAGCUAGCAAAGAUCUUUGGAUAUGGCAUGCCUUCUUUGGACUGCCGGGGUCUCACAAUGACCUUAAUGUUCUACAUCGUUCACCGGUUUUCGCACAACUUGCGGAGGGAAGAGCUUCACCGUGCAACUAUACUGUCAAUGGCCACGAGUAUAAUAUGGGAUACUAUCUCGCCGACGGGAUUUACCCAGAGUGGUCCACAUUAGUGAAGACUAUUCCAGCACCUCGAGGAAACAAGCAUAAGUACUUUGCUCAACAACAAGAAAGCGCAAGAAAAGAUGUUGAGCGAGCUUUUGGCGUGUUGCAAGCUCGAUUUGUGAUUGUUCGUGGACCAGGACGUUUCUGGCAACCUUGUGUGCUGAAAAAUAUCAUGACAGCUUGUAUCAUAAUGCAUAACAUGAUCGUUGAAGAUGAACGUGAUAGUCAAUUGGACAACAACUUCGACUUUACUGAUUCGGUACCAGUCGUUGAACCUUCUCAUGUGCAGACGGAAUGCCAAUUUUUUCAACUUCAAGUACAAUCAUAA